AUUAGUCAUGAAAUUACGAAAAGACACCUGUCACUGGAAAGCAUGGAAUACUUUUCAUUACCCCAAAAGACAUUAAACACUACACACCUACACUUGAAGACAUAAUUACACCAAAAACCGGAAAUCAAAUGGAUGACGAUGAACCCAACAAAAAAGAGCUCGAGUUGACGGAGGAUGAAAAAGAGGAGAUACGAACAGCCUUCGCCGUUUAUGAUCCCGAAAACACUGGAGAGAUCAAGUACAAGGAGUUUCGUAUGGUCCUGGACUCGCUGGGCGUCUGUCCGACGGAAGCCGACUUCUAUCAGAUGUGCGACGAGUUGGACUCGGAGGGCACCAAGAGAAUCCGACUUCUGAAGCUAUAUCGCCUGUUGGGCCGCCAUUUCAGGGGAACGAAGAACAUGGAGGCCCUGAAAGCCGCCUUCGAGAUAUUCGAUCGGGACGGCGAUAAAAUUAUAAGCAAAGCUGAGCUUCGAAGUGUCAUGGCCAGCAUGGGCGACAAUACGAACGACAAGGAGUUUGACGAAUACUUUGAGGCAAUCGAUGGCGAUGGCGAUGGAAAAAUAACUUGGGAUGAGUACCUCCGUUUGGUCGGCUAACUUUCAAGAUUCAUCUUACAAUUAAACAUUAAACAUUAUACAUUAAACAUUAACCAUUAAAUUAUCAUA